AUGGUCCAGCGCCCGGGCCGGCGACGCCGAGCCGCGGCGGUCCCCUAUCGGCUGCUGCUGAGCAUGGGGCUGCUCUUCGCGGGCCUCUUGGCAGAUGCCCCUGCCGGGGUCCGGGCCACCGUGCCGGACUUGUAUCUCCACGCCACAUGGUACCAAGGCCAUGGGGACCGGACGUAUGGAAAUGCCGUGACCACCCUCGGGCGCCCGUCGCAAUUGGUGGACACCCACAUCAAGGGGUCCCGCCUGUACAACCAAACCACCUACCUGGAGGUGUCGGACGAGACCCGCUGGGGAACGCUCUUCUCGUGGGAGUGGACGUUCGAUCCGCACAUGAGGAUCCCCCCCGGGGUGACGCCCCAGCGGAUGGUCCUGCCACUGGCGGGGGCAGAGUUCCCGGUGGGCGUUCUGUACACGGACCAGUGGGCCUGCCUGUUCGAUGAAAGUACCUCGAGGGACUUCCCCACCGGGCCGGUGAGGUUGCUGGCCGGGCAUGCGCUCGGCGCGCGCCAUGUGGAUCUGCUGGGGCUGACCGAGCCGCCGGGCGGGCCGCGGGAGGUGCACCUGUGGGAGCUCACCGCGGCCGGGCUGGACCAGGUGUCCUUUGGGAUGCCGGUGGCGGCCGGGGAGGUGGCCCUCGCCGGCCCGGGGCCCGGGCGUACCUUCUACCUGGCUGCCGGCCGGGCAUUGUGGCACGUCCGCCAUGCCGGGGCGUCCGGCGGCCCGGCCACCGUGCAAACGAUCCCGGUGCCGGCGAAUUUGGGCCUCAUCCGGCAGCUGUCCGCCACGCGGGUGGUCUCGGCGGCGGACGAGUGCCCUGGCGCGGGGGAUGUCGUGCUCCUGAUGGCCGGCAACCGUGUGCAUGUUAUCCCGUGCGCCGGGCAGGCGGAGCCGGUGCCGGGCGCCGGGGCGGCCUUCACCGCGUCGCUGCCGGCCGGGGCCUCGACGGCCGCGGGGCGCCUCGUGACCCCGCCCGAGGCGCCGAGCCUCCAGGACACCUAUCCCUUCUUGUAUUUCGUGCAGCCCGGCCCCGGUGCCGAGGCCGGAGCCAUGGACCUGUGGCGAGCCCGGGUCCUGCCCGGCGAGCUGGUCUGGCGGCGGUUGGUCGUGCCGCCGGGCUCCCGGGCGCCGGAGAACCUGCAGUUGGUCCGCCUGCAAAGGAGCCUGGCGGCCGCGCCGGCCGGCGAGUGGGCAUUGAUGGCCGACCAGCGGGCGCUCUUGGAGUCCGGGCGUUUCGGCUGCGGCAUCGAUGGGAGCAUUGUGUGCGACGGGCCGGGCGGGCUGACCGGGUCGAGCGAGGGCUGGGCAUGCGCGGAGAAUCGCGUGCCCGGGCCGUACCUCGUGCCCGGGCAGCUGUGUGCCGCCUGUGCGGUGGGCCAUUAUCUGGACCAUCCGGAGGGCGAGGCGCCGUUCUCCUCGCCCGGGCAUGUGUGUCGGCCUUGCGCCGACAGCGCCUGCCACACGUGCGACGCCAGCGACUGCCUUGUGUGCAAGGGCUCGCGGGUGUUGCAGCCCAGCGGCCCUGGCGGGAGCAUGGUCUGCGUGUCGGACUGCCAUGGGAGCUACACGCGGCGUGCGGGGGUGUGCCUGCCGACGGCCAUGCGCCUGGACAGGGUGCAGCUCGGGACAAUCGGCCGGGAGACCCUGCCCGGGCCGGUGCCCGAGACGCAGGUCACCGGCGUCGGGCCCACGCGGCUGCGCGUGGAUCCGGCCACCGGCCGGCCGGUUAUCCCGCCGGUGGGCACGGAGCCGGGCCAUGUCCUGCUCUUCCCCGGGCCCGGGCAGAAUCCGCUGAUCAUGGACCUGGCGGACAUCGGCUGGUCGGGCAAGUCGCCGCCGGUGGCCUUGCGGCUGUUCGACACGCCGCCCUCGUAUCGCGUGGACUUCAGCACGGAGCUCGGGCCGAUGCUGGACUCGACCGGGCACCUGGUCAUGGGGCUCGGCCUGUUCUGUAGUGGAAUCCCCAUGUAA